UAUAAAACUUUAUAUUUCGAUCACACUAAAAAAUCUCUCCCUAAGCUCAUGUGCGCUUUAUAAUCUCCUCUCAUGAGCGCGCCAGCUUUCUAUUCCAAUUAAUUUUCUCAAAAUAAAAUAAAAGAUUUCCCCAUUUUCCAGCUUCAUGUAUUGGCAAUUUUGAAAUGGCGGAGACUUGCUACGGAGUUGUGAGCGAAAGCGACUCGGCGUCGAAUGCCUGCGAGACCGGUUCACGAGCUGCGAGGCGGAGGAGGAUGGAGAUCCGGCGGUUCAAAUUCGUCUCCGGAGUGGCCCCACCGGCGCCGGAGUCACCUGAAAGUUCGGAGCAGCACAAGAAAGCCGCGUCCCGUACGAUGUCGUUGCCUUCUCGGGAGUUGGAAAGCGCCCUGCUGUGCUCCGGUUCUUCCGACGAAGAGAAAAUCCCCCCGAGUCAAAAGAAGUCAACGAAGAUCCGAGCGUCCACGUCAUCGAACGUUACAGAAGCUUCGAGGGAGAUGCUCAGGUACGGGCUGUCCUCCGUAUGCGGCCGCCGUCGAGAUAUGGAGGACGCUGUGUCCGUACACCGCUCGUUUUGCCGACGCAUCCGAGACUCCGCCGCCCAGUUGCAUUACUUCGGCGUCUACGACGGCCACGGCUGCUCACAUGUGGCGACGAAAUGCAGAGAGCGGAUGCAUGAGCUGGUGAAGGAGGAAGUGGAGAGCAUGGAAGACUGGAAGACGGCGAUGGAGAGGAGCUUUGUGCGGAUGGACAAGGAGGUGGUGGCGUGGGGCCGCGAAGGCGGCAUCGGAGUGAGCAACUGCCGUUGUGAGCUUCAAACUCCGGAGUCGGAGGCUGUCGGAUCCACCGCAGUCGUCGCAGUCGUCGCUCCCGAUAAGAUCGUCGUGGCUAACUGCGGCGACUCGAGAGCCGUGCUCUGUCGCAACGGCAAGGCCUUUCCUCUCUCUGUUGAUCACAAGCCGGAUCGCCCCGAUGAGUUGAAUCGGAUCCAGGAGGCGGGUGGGCGGGUCAUAUACUGGGACGGCCCACGGGUUCUCGGAGUUCUGGCGAUGUCAAGAGCCAUAGGCGACAACUACUUGAAGCCGUACGUGAGCUGCGUUCCAGAGGUGACGAUCACGGACAGGACGGUGGAGGACGAGUGUCUGAUCCUGGCGAGCGACGGGCUGUGGGACGUGGUGUCGAACGAAACGGCAUGCGGGGUGGCGAGAAUGUGUCUCAGAGGGAAACGGGCGGCUAGUGCGAUGGAGCGCGCGUGGGCGGAGGCGGUGGCGGAGGCGGCGUCGGACAGGGCGUGUUCCGACGCGUCGAUACUGCUGAUGAAGCUGGCAUUGGCCAGGCACAGCGCUGACAACGUGAGCGUCGUCGUGGUGAACCUCAGACGCAACACGUAGACAGUCUGCGCUGCUAGCUGACAUGUGGCAGGGGAGCCUUUAUUUUUUUUUUUCCUUUUUUUUAUAUUUUGGAAAGUCUAGCUUUGGGUUAGGUAUCUUUAGUUUUUGCUCAAGGUUAGGUAACUUUAGUUAAUCCUAUUGGGUCCGGGGGGUUUUUCUUUAAAAAAGGUAAAGAAAGAGGUCUGUCUUGCAAAUUAAGGAAAAUAUGCCGACCGGACCGAAAAGCUUUCUUUGCCUGGUGUCUGUAGCGUUUUUAAUGGAGUCCGUCUUCCUAAAAGCCCGACAUAAGUUAGAAGUUACUUCUAAAUUCGGGGUUAGUAAACCGGUUUGUAGUCUUAUGAAGUAUAUAUAAAUGUUGUCAUCGGUCUUUUGUUU